ACUUUAAAUAAACUCAAAAAAAGCUUAUGAAAGAAGCUUAUAUGAUUUGUAAAAUGUUUUAUUUAAAUCUUAUAAGCACUUCUAAAAAGCAAUUAAACAACAUAAAAAACAUUUAAAAGUGUUUAUGGUUUUAAAUAAGCUCCUUUAACCAAUAUGUAACCUCAACCAAAUAGGCUCUUAGUUAGCUAGAUUUUGUAAAAUUUUGUUUUCAAUAUUAGAAAAGGACAAUACUCUGUGAACUUAUAUGAAUUCUUGUACGUAAGAGUUAACUCUUGUUAGCGAGAAUUCAAGCCCGGAUUUUAAGUGGCACCAAAGAAAUUUUGUAUAGAUGAUAUUGUCAUGUUGAGUGUAAAUAAUAUUGUAACUAGGUGAUGAUGUUUAUAAUAUCAGACGAACUUCUUUACUUAGCAGAGAGAACUCCUGGGCUCGAAAGCUUAGUUUUGUCUCGGUUAUCAAGAAUUUCAAGAGAAGGGUUUGCAAAAGCUCUAAGUAACUGGAAAAAUGUUAAGCAAAUAUGUUUUGGAAGGUUCAGUGGCAUAUAUUUCAAACAAAUUAUUGAAGAGAUUGGCAGAAACUGCACUGAGCUCACAUCACUACACAUUCACCACCCUUGUCUCCAUUUGAAUGCAGAAAAUGCAAAGGUGGUGUUGAAAAAUCUGCCGAAGUUGAAGACGAUAAAAUUCGAAGGUGCCUGCUUGUUUAGAGGAGAAAGUUACAGUCUUUUGUGGACAGAGUCUUCGAUGCUGGAGGCAAUUUAUUUUAGUGAUUGUUUCUUGAUGCGUGAGGAUUUGAUAAACUUGGAUAAGGCACAAAGCAUCAGGUUUAUAUUUGACAAGGAAAGGAAUUUAUGGAAGGCUGAAUGUUGAAAUGAGCAAAGACAGAGUUCAUGUUCAUGGAUUUGCCAAACCAAAUUUGAUUUGAGUUUGUGUUUGUGUUUGUGUUCAUUUUGGUUGAUUGUUUUGAAAAAGAUUGAUUUGAGUAUGACGUUGAGUUAAUAACAUUUUAAUUAAAAUGUAUCAUCUUCAUGGAUUUGUUUUAGAAAUGUUAGAAUUGAGUUUGAUGUUGGGUUGGGAUGAAGAUGAAGAUGAUACAUUUUAAUUAAAAAUAAAGUAGUUUUUUUUUUUUUU